AUGCGCACACCUGACGCCCCGCCCGCGCUGCCCACACGCCCCAGCCUCGCGCGAGGAGUCUCCGUCCCAACGCCGACGCAGCAGCCCCCGACCCAGCCGCCGCUGCACCUACCGCCUCCCGCGCCGCCACAGCAGCCGCCGCCCGAUGCGCCCGCCGACGCGCUGGGCCUCGCACAGCCACUCUCCGGCCUGCCCAGGGCAGAGCCGCAGCCGUACGCGUUUGUGUACGAUGACGCGGCGAGUCUUGAGGAGGAGCUCGAGGAGUGGUUUUCGUACGCGGUUGAGGAGCAGGCUAUGCUUCUGCAUGCGCGGGCAAGCUUUGCGGUGGAGUGGGGUCGCUUUGAGCAGAGGGGCUGGGAGGGCGCUGGGCUGCGACGGCAUGCAGAGUUUGUGAAGGGGUUGCUGGAUGGUGUUGCGACGGGGUUGCUUGACGACAGGCUGAGGGGGUUGGAGGCUUUGGUGUAUGUGCUGCUGGGGUGCUGGGAUGAGACUGCUGGUUUGGAAAGGGAGGAGCGGUCCAAUGCGUAUGAAAAGGACGGCCACGGUCUUGACGAGAAGCGGUCCAAUGCCUUCGACAAAUCAGCGCGCCAGGUCGACUGGAUCCAGCGCAAUGUCAGGCUGCUGGCCGACUGCGGCGGCGUGCAGACGCUGGUCGACGUCCUGCGCACGUCUUGCAUGCGUGCCUGCGGCCUCAUCUCCGAGGACGAACAGCAUGAAAGCAAAGAGGCGGAGCGCCGCGAGGUCUGGUGCGCCAUGACUGCCGUCUACGUCGUGCUGGAAGUCGCACGCUACCAGGAGAAGAAGGGAGACGGUCUGGGUCUCAGAAGCGCAGUGCUCGACCUCAAGGAACCAGGGCUCCUCAUGCUGCUCAUCGACAUCAUCUCGAAACUGCGUUGGGACGAGUCGAUCAACCUCCCGCUCAGCAAAGUUGCGCUGCUCCUGUGGAAGGCAAUGCUGGUCUGCUUUGGCGGUCUGGCGGAAGCCGACAAGGCAAAAAAGUCCUUCAAGGAUCAGGACUUGGAUGCAGAGGACGACCGAGGGCAGCCCAUCAUCACCGCCUCGCCGCUCGAUUACCACCUCUUCCGCCAGGAGAUCAGCUCCAAGUACCCAGCGUACAACCCGCCCGCGCCCUUGUUCCCUCUCGAGCCCGAGAACAACUCCAUCCUCCCGCCGUUGCGCAACCACCCCAACAAAGUCGCGGGCAACCAUGUCUUUGGAUCGGGUCUCGGGGACACGAAUGGAAACACCACCUCCAUCCUGCACCAACCUGUGCACAUUGCGACACCUGCGCCUUCGCCCCCGCCCUCACCAGCAGGGCCCGGUGGCAAAGGCGGCAAGAAGCAGAACUACCAGACGAACCAGAUGUUUCCCUUCCUGUACCCGCCGCUCGACGAGUCCAGCAACAACCUCGGGGGCAAGGGAUCCACGGACCUGCAGGACAUGCUCGUUGGACGCAAGUGGGAGGGCUCCGAUAUCCCAGCCUCCAUCCUCGAAGCGGCCGAGCUGUUUGCAAAGCGCAUGAAGGCCACACGCGCCAUGAAGCAGCUGUGGGAGGAGCGCGUGGCGUUUAUGAAGUACGAACGUGGCUGGUCCGGCCCAGACGACAAUCCUGACGUUGACGAGCUCUCGCUCGAGCCCAAAAACGACGCGCCUGCCAAGGAGAAGCCGGCUGCCGGGAGCAUCGAGGAGAGAAUGGGUCUGGUUGAGGACUUUUACCAAAAGUCGCUGUCCAGCUUGCAGUCGCUGAUCAUCGUGCUGAUCAAGGCGAUCCUGGCACACGUCACCGCUCUUGUCACACAGUCGAGCGGCGCGAAUGGGCUGCAGAGCGGCUUCCAGUACAACGACAACGUCAACGGAGCCUCCUCGCAGAGGCCUGAGACGAAUGGUGUCAAUGGCCACAGCAACACGCCCGCGACAAAUGAGGAACUGGAUGCCAUGCGCACUCAGGAGGUUCUGGACAAGGCGGUGACGGGCACGCUCAUGCUGAUCCUGAAGUGGUUCAAGGUUUCGCACAUACUGAAGUUCGAGUACAUCGCGCAGCUGCUCGUCGACUCGAGCUACGUCCCUCUGAUCCUCAAGCUGCUGCAGCUGCAGGAGAUUGAGAAGAUUGUCAACUUCAAGAGCGAGCAGGAGGAGCUCAAUUUCUUCAACUUCUGCAGAUCGCACUCGCGCAACAAGCCCCCAGAAGACACCACCACCUCCGAAGCCAGUCUCGAGCACGACUCGGACUCGGACGACGCCGCGCCUCCGCCCAUCCGCCUCACACGCAACGAUUCCACCGACAGCGGCGCCGAGCCGUUCAUGUCCUCGCUCCCGCAGCCGCCCGAAGUCGACGAGCUCGGCUUCCCGACCAGCGAGCUCCCUUCGGAGCCCAUCACGACGUACUCGUGGCGCGCCUUCUUCACCAGCAUAAAUUACAUGCGCAUCAUGCAGAAGAUGUGUAAGAACAAGGCGCACCGCAACCUGAUGCUCGUCAGCUACAAGAGCAGCCAGUUCCUGCGCAAAAGUCUCAAGGUCCCGCAGCCGCAGCUGCGCCUCUACACGUUGAAACUGUUCAAGAACCAGGUCCCGUACUGCGGCCGCAAGUGGCGCCAGAGCAACAUGCGCGUCAUCACCGCCGUGUAUCUUCACUGCAGACCGGAGCUGCGAGACGACUGGCUCGCGGGGAGCGAUGUCGAUGCCGAGGUCGAUGAGAGCGUGCCGCUCGAGCAGGCGCUGAGGAGCCUGACGCAUUGGUAUCAUCUCAAACGCUACCCGGAGAGUCUGGGCGCGCGGCCCGGCGUGCUCAUGCAGGAUCUGGAUUUCUUCCGGCUCGAGCUCGAGAAGAUGGAUUGGGCGGGCGCGUUGGAGGGCGAGGACGAGUGGCUGGGGGGCGAAGGCGAGGGUUGGUGA